AUGGUUAGCUACUCGCCUUUGGUGAUCGAUAGCUCCCAUUUGUCUGACUCCAAGAAACUUAUCCGGGAGAAAAUCAUCCCCUGGGAGGGCUUGGCCCGUGCCGGCAUCAUUUCCAACGACCAGGCCGAUCUCAUAAAGGUGUUGGAAACUCAAAAUGUCGACAGCAAGCGCCAGACCGUGUUGAACUCGCAGGAAUUGUACUCGAAGACCAUUUUGAACUUGUUGAACAAAUUGGACGUUAACUCUAGGGAUGAUGUGUUAAAGAGCGUGUUGGUGUUAAUUAACGACUUACUUGUGGACCCGGAAGCGGCUUCAUUCUCGGAGGCGCUUUUGCUGUUGUCGUCCAUCGACUCUUCUUUGCCAUUUUCUCCAUUUAUCAAACACUUGGAUAACAACGACUCGCUCAUCAAAACAUUGAGUUUCUACAACGUGACGAUCUUGUUGACUCAGAGUGCCAAGCUGGGAGCCUCGGCCGAUAAGGAGAUCUUGAUAAAGCUCUUUGACUUGGUAUGCUCAGAUGCAUUCAUUGGUAACAAUCUGGACACCAACUUGCAGUCCAUCGGUGUUCAGUUGUUGCAAGAACUUGUGGUAAGUAAGGCCUACCGUCUGGUGUUCCAGACACAUAACUUGGUAUCGAACUUUUCCAGCGUGAACAGCUUGAUCGAGAAACUGGCCAAGCAGCCUAACGUCACUAACUUGCAACUCUUAUACAAUGCCUUGAUGACUACAUGGAUCUUAUCUUUCAGCGCCUCCAUUAACAAGGUUUUGGUCCACAAUUACCCACAAUUGGUUGGCAACUUGUUGGUCAUCUCCAAGGACGGUAUUAAGCUCAAGGUCGUGAGAGUUGCUGUUUCCACUUUGAAGAACUUUGUGAGUGUGACCACCUCCAACUCUGAGAAGUUAUCUGUGGUUAAAUUGGUGUUGUUCCAGGACGGACUCAACAUUGUCAAGACCAUCCAGACCAGAAAGUUUGCCUCCAACGGCUCGGACGAGGAAUUGUCCAACGACUUGGCUUUCUUGAAUGACACUUUGAACGAGGUUGUAACCAGUAAGUUGACGUCCUUGGAUGAGUACUUAGUGGAGUUGGAGAAUCCUAACUUGUUGAGCUGGUCAUCUCCUACCCACAAGUCUGCAGACUUCUGGCAGGAGAACUCCCACAAGUUUAAAGACAACAACUUCGCCUUGAUCAAGAAGAUGUUGGCUGUUUUGUCAUCUGAAGACUCGUCGUUGAGCGGCGUGCCUAAGGUGAUUGUGUUGAACGACUUGCAGUUUUUAAUCCAGAACUUGGGCAGCGACGUGAUUACCUUCAUCAACGGCGAGAAGGGUGGCCAGUACAAGUUGUUGAUUAUGAACUUCUUGGAUAACAACGACGGCAACAAUGAAUUGAAAUAUGAGGCCUUGCGUACCAUCCAGCACUUGGUUGGCCAUGCCUAG